CUCAUCUUGCGUAAUUUAAAAUUCAUUAUGCGCUCGUAUAAAUAAUACACGUCUACAAUAAUUACCACAACCUCCAUUUUAAUAUCAUCUGUAAGUACAUCAGAUUACCAUUGGAUAUUCAUUAAUGUCGCCGCCUCUUUUGGUAUCAUCGGAACACAGAAGGCAAUGGGCUCGAAUGAGGAAAUCCUAAGUGCUUUGAAGAUCCUCCAGAAGUACAAUUUAAAAGAAUCGGAGCAUGCUUUAAAACAAGAAGCUGGUCUCAUUAAUGAAAAAAUUGCCGAGGAAUUUCUGAAAUUUAAAGCUCAAGUAAAGGAUGAACCAGAGAACUUUUGCGCUAACUACCAGUCUAUUCUCACAUUUAUGGAUUCGGUUCCUGAUGUGCAUAAAGUAAAAAGACUACUUAGUUCUAACGGGUUGCGUACCUUCAGGUGGAGUUGUCUACGUUACUCUUCCCUAUUUUUGUCCAUAUGUAUCUCCGUCUAGUCAGUGGAAACAUUUGUGGAGAGGGUAAUUUUAUUCGUUUUCUUAUGAAGACAGCCAAAAGGUUCCUCAUAACCUUCAGGAAAUAUCAAGAAGAUUUUUACCAGUCAGAUAUUAAUAUGCUAUCGAACAUUACUAAUUCACAACACUUGUCAAUGAAUCCUUUGAUUGAAUCGUUUAGAGCUUCCGAGUUUGUUGUCAGUGUUUCGGCCGAGUCUUAUUCGCUUCUGCGUCAGUUUCUUCAAGAUAAAGAAAUGAAUGUCAUUCAAAGUAUUUUAAAGGAACAGUUGUCGCUUGAAAUCGUCAAUGGCCCUCCUAGGUCAAAGCUCCAAGUCGAUUGCCGUCGUGGUGCUUUAUUUGGCGAGGCUCACUUUGACGCUAACAAAGAACCUGUUUUGUAUGGUCUUCUAAGAGAUCCUACAUUAGACUUACCAGUCGAAAUGGAUACUGAUCCUAGCUUCAAUGACAUUGAUGGGAGCAAUGUAGAUAAUAACGAAGAUAACGGGGAUCAGAGUGUUGCGAAAAAGAAAAAACGGAGGGAUGGUAUGACGUCAGGUUCUGGACAUCCCGGUAGACCAUCUCUUUCGAAAGAUGUUAGCAAAUCUGACUCCAACUCUCCAGCUCUUGAUCGAAUUCCCUUGCCUAAGCUGCGCGAGUCAUACAUUGAAAGCAAACAAGCUCUUUCACGAGAGAUAUCUACUCUUCUACGUAAUUAUCAACAGCGAAAUCCACAAAAGUCAUCAAUCGGUACAAGCACAGUCCUUUAUACAAUAUGCAAUGCUCAGGCUGGUGAGUCAACCCUAGCUAUUCGAAGAGGUGGUGUUACGUGUUGCAGUUUCAGUGAUGACUCAUCACAACUAGCUGCUGGAUUCGGAUCAGGUCGUAUCCGUGUUUGGUCUUUAGGCCCCGAAUCAUUAAGGCGUAUGCUCCCGGCUUCAGAGUUGAGCUUACUGGAUAAAGAUGACUGUAGAGUAAAAACUAAUAUGUUAUAUGACGAAAAUGAUGAGACCCACCUAACUCGGGAUCUGCUGGGUCAUCUUGGCAGUGUGUUCGGUGUUGCGUUUAGUCCUGACCGACAACUCAUUGCUUCGGCUAGCUCAGAUGGCACUGUCCGAUUAUGGUCCACAUUAAUGUGGGGUGGUGCUCUAACUGCAUGGCGUGAUCAUCUUCUACCUGUUUGGUGUGUUACUUGGGCUCCCACAUAUGGUCACUAUAUAGCGACAGGAGGAGCUGAUCGUAGUGCACAUUUGUAUGCAACUGAUCAUGCACCAGAUGCUUUACGUGUUUUUGUUGGACAUAAAGGAGAUGUGACGUCAGUGUGUAUACAUCCAAAUGUUAAUUAUCUUGCAACUGGCAGCGCUGAUCGAGCUGUACGCUUAUUUGAUGUUCGUUCUGGAAAGCUAACAAGGAUCUAUACAGGUCAUAAGGGUUCUGUUCAGAGUCUGGCGUUUUCACCUUGCGGUCGUUAUCUGGCUAGUGGAGGUUGGUGUGGUACUACAUGUCUUUGGGACUUAGGGUCUGGACAACAGGUUGGUCAGCUUGGAGGUUAUUCGGCAUCUAGGACUUCUGUAAAUCAGCCAAGUAGUGAUUGUGACUCUCAGGAAGCUAACUCAGACUCAAGUCAGUGGUUGACUGGUCCGGUUGUAUCUCUCGCAUUUUGUCCGGGUAAUUCAGGACGUUUGGCUUCGGGUGGUCUAGAGGGAGCUCUACGAAUAUGGAAUACAGUUAGUGGUUGGUCAACUGCUGUUACUACUCCAGCUACUGGUAAUAACGAUGACAAAAACGCCAAAACUAAUCUUUUGGCGUUACAUCGAUUCACUAAACAGCAGUUUGUCCGUCAAAACUCUAAAAUUAAUAAAAGCAGUGGAGUCGGAGGUCAUAAUGUUUUAGGAUAUUAUUCUUCAGCGACUGGUCCUGAUGUUUCUGAUGCAUGUGCUAAUGAAGUGUUUUUCACUAGACGUACCUCAGUCCUCGGACUGCACUAUGUUCAUCCUUAUUUGCUUUUGGCAGCUGGACCAUAUAACCAAACCUGAUUGCUCUAAGUAGGUAUUCUUAAUGUACAGUUGAUUUUUAUAUUUCAUUCUCAAACAUUAUUUCGACACUUAUUGUUUAGAUGUCUUUUAUGCUACUGCAUUUCCAUAAAAGUAGUUUAUGUUAUGUCUCUAAUAUUUUCUCGGCAUCAGUAGUUUUUAUACGUUCGUUACUACGAUAUUUCAUUUACCUAUCCUCGAUUUUCCGAUUGUUUCAUUAAACUACUUUGUAAUUAACCAGCAUCAUGUACAAAGUGUAAAUUGAUUUUUCAAACAGA